ACCAGUCGAUGUCGAAUCGAAACGUUUGCGUGGGAGAGUCGAAGUCGUCGUAAUGCAUUCGGCGUCAUUAUACCGCCAUUACACGGUUCAAUUUGCAACAAGUGUAAAAACAAAAUGAAAAUUAUCAUGGAAUAAGGAGGGGGGGAAGGAGAGGGCACCCGGUGUGUGUGUGUGCCGUCCCGCUAUUGGUCGCCGUUAGGGGUGCCUCAACACUUCGUGGGUGGUUGGGAGCGGCUAUAUAAAGCGUUUCACGGAUCAUGGUACAUCGCAGUUGCUUUCACAUCGUGUCGCCUCAUCCCGCGCCAACCCCGACAAAGGGACGUAUUUCCCUUUCUCGAGAACGUGCCCGAAAACAUCAGUAUUUUCAACAAAUCAAAUCCUACGCUGUCCAGUACUUUUUCCUCCUCCGCCCCUCCCCCCUCUCCAACCCUCCAACCCUUCCUCGUUCUCCACUCUCGGUCGGCGAAGUCGAGCACUCGCUCGUCAAACUUCCUCCCCUCUUCGAACUUCCCUCGUUUCGAACCAAAGAAUAUAUAUAUAUACAAUACAUAUUUCUUUUUUCUUUCUUUUUUUUUUCUCGCGUCGAUCGUUACACGGAACGAUGAGGGAAUAGUUAUAAAAAAAGAUAAAUAAAUAAUCUCUUCGUUUCUGGAAUAUUUCGUGAAACAGAAAGAUCGAGACUGUGAGACUCGAAGGAGGCAGGAGGAUGAAUUGGCGGGGUAGGAAGAUGCAACUGGUACCGUGUUUCGGUGGCGUGGAGAUCGUGCUGUGUUUGUGGAUCACGAGUGCUGUUUUAACGCUGGUCGCGUCCCAGCAAAAGUUCUACAUCCAGGGCCGGUAUGGAAAACGGCAAGAGCCGCGUACAGAUUCGUUCUACGUGUCGGGGGGGAGGUACGGACGCAGCGAGGACGCAGGAGUGGACGCGGCGAGCAAAUCGCGAUUGGCAAAGUUGGUGGAGGUGGAGGUGCCGAGGAUAGACCGAUUCGUUUGGGGUGGCCGAUACGGGAAACGAUCGCCCCCCGACUAUCAUCGGCCAGCCUCGUCCGUCAAUCGUUUCAGCGCUGUCCUCCACUUGAUGGAUCAGGUCGACCUUGAUCGAGAGAACGAGCACAGUAAUCGAAACGAGCUCGAUUUUCUCCCUUAAGAUCAACCGUACGACACCUUGGGAGGACUCUGUUGGCUCUUUUUCGUGCGAGACGAAAGAAAAAGAAAGAGAGGGGGGGAAAAAAGGGAAGAGGGAAGAAAGAAGAUGCACGAGGAACGAGCGGGUUUCAAUUUUUUUAAACAAGUCCUCCGCCAUUGUUUUUAUCCGACUUAAACAGAGUGUAAAGUAUCGCGAAAAUCGGUCAAACGAGCAAAGAAACAAAAUAUAAAAGCUUCAGUUUACGCAUCGUA